GAUCUUUCCCCUCAGCAAGUUGCGAAACUCAUGUCAAAUCUUCUUUCCGAGUCCGUUGCUGAGACCCCCAUCUUGGACCCCACGCAGCAUCGGGUGCUUAUUGCUGCUGUGCAGGCAAAGUAUGGGCCCGAAAUCGUCGCUCUUAUCGUGCAGCGCAUUUUCCCAACGUUGAGCUUGCCUCCUGGGACUUCCCUGGUUCAGACGCUGAUUCCGUUGGGUCCUGACAUUACAAGCGAUCCAGACACUGUCUGCGCUCUGCUCCAGCGCUUUGGCAUUUCGGAUGCUAAUCCUCCUGGAGACGCUCAAUUGGUGGAGAUCGUGGGCUCGAUUGGCCGCGGAGGGUACAACUCUAUGUGA